ACACCACCACUGCAGAUGCACCCACGAAUAGCAUCGUUACUUCUCCUCGAAAAAAACAAAAAAGAAUGCAAAAAUACAGGGGCGCUUGGGAAAAGGAAAAUGGCUGGGUGGAAAAGGUGCGCGACAACUGCUAUAAAGCGCACUGUACUGUAUGGGGCCGUGCGUUUUCUGUAGCCCAUGGUGGACUGGCCGACUUGAAGCAGCAUGCUUCUAGUGCAGGACACGAAAAAUAUGAGGGACAAGAGAACCAGGAGAACCCUCGACAAGUUUGUUGUCCACCAAGCCACGCCAGAGGCAGAUAUGGUUACUGCUGCAGAGGUAGCCCAUGUCUACCACACUGUAAUGCAUGCUUUAAGCUAUAACUCAGCUGACUGUGCACUAAAGCUGACUCUGCGAACGCUGAAUGACUCCAGCAUCGCAAAGAUGAUGUCCUGUGGGAGGACAAAAGCCGAGGCAGUUGUCACCGAUGUCCUCUCUCCCAAGGCAACAGAAGAGGUGAUCAAAACACUGAAAAGUGGUGGAAAUUCGCUCCCAUUCUCUCUCCACACCGAUGCUUCCAAUAAGGGAAAUCGGAAGAUGUUUCCCUUGGCCGUGCAGUUUUUUACGCCAAAGAAUGGGGUUGUCAACAAGGUGUUAGAUUUUUUUGAAAAUCCAGAUGAGUCUGCAGAGGGAAUAGUAAAAACAAUACGAAGUUCUCUUCAAAACAUGGGUCUAUCCCUAGAUGAUGUUUCUGCAUUCAGUGCUGACAAUGCAAAUGUCAAUUAUGAGGUCAACAGUGAGAUCCUUCGUGGCAACUGCCAUGCACAUAUCGUCCAUAACACGGUGAAAAAAGCCCUGGACAAGCUCUCAAUUGAUGUGGAAAAUAUUGUCCUAAAGAUAUAUAGCUUCUUUUCCACCUCUGCCAAAAGGAGAGAGUCCCUGAAGGAGUUUUGUGAAUUCUGUGAUGUUGAGUUCCAUGAAAUCCUGCGCCAUGUUGUGACAAGAUGGCUAUCACUCAACCCUGCAAUCACCCGCCUCCUGCAGAACUGGGUCCCGCUGAAGUCCUAUCUCAUCAGCAUUGGUGAGGAGUGUCCAAAGCACCUGAAAGAACUGCUGAAGUUGACAGAAGAUGCUGUAGAUGAGGAAGAGGCCGACACUGUGGAAGUGUACCUUCUCUUCUGCAACAACGUGCUGUCUAUGUUUGAAGAAGUGGUAAAAAACCUGGAGAAGAAUGCGACUACAUCUGUUGAUCUCUAUUCCAUCAUGGACUGUUUCUUGAAAAAACUAGUUCAGAGAAGAAAUGAUGCCUUUUACGGGUACCUAACAAGACAGAAGCUCCAGCGUCUUCCACCAUCUGCUGCUGAAGUUGCCAGGCAGGAGUUUACAGCCUUCUUAAACACUGCCAUCAGUUAUGUGGAGAAAUGGUUUGACUUCUCUGAGGAAAACUGGCUCUUCCACCUGCAGCCCCUCUCGCUGGCAUCUGGGAAGAUCUCCUUUGAUGACAUUGAGAACAUCAGCAAGCGGCUUCAUCUGGUUGGCAGACUGAACAUCUCUAUGGAUCAGGUUUAUGAUGAGUGUGUGACUGCAAACAGCCUUCUGGAACACCUCACUACAGCACCCCAGGAGAAGAAGUGGCAGUCCAAGGGAACAGCAGAGCGAUGGAUGCUAGUACUUCAGGCAGCUGACAUCCCCAACAUCCAGGCAGUUGUAUCCUUUGUCCUCAGCAUUCCGUCGUCCACUGGAUUUGUGGAGAGGAUUUUCUCUUUCAUGAAGAAUAAGUGGACUGAUGUGCUGAAUUAAUUAGAAGCGAGCUUAUUGUCGGUCUAAAUUAUGAAAUGACUUGUUCAGAGUUUUACUCUGUAGCACUGAAAGACAAACAACUCCUGACUGCAGCAAGGGCUCAAAAGAAAUACAAAUGGAAAAAAUAGGCUGUCUCCACUCUCCACAUGAAGUGACAUCAGGCUUUUGGUGUCUAAGUUUAUUCUUUUGUAGCCUACUAUAGCUGUAACCUACAGUCAUGGCACGAGUAUUGUUUACUUUUUCAGAAUUUUUUAUUUUAUU